AACAGUUGUUUUCUUGCUGCAGAGAGAAGAGGAACCGACAAUUGGGAAGAGAAGCUGAGAGACGCUCAGCUCGCCUCACUACGCCCCGUUUGUGUACACAGAGAGGUGUACGAAACGUAUUAAAUACAACGCUGUAAAAACAUCGCUCGAGCAGUGAUAAACUGUCCAACAUGGAUCCGUUUACGGAGAAACUGUUGGAGCGGACCCGGGCUCGCAGGGAAAACCUGCAGAAGAAAAUGGCAGAGAGACCAAAUGCAGCAAACAGACAGAUGGUCAAAAGGCCCAGAGAGCCACUGGCUGACACCAAUAGUGUGAUCAGUGAGCCAGUCGUUGAUAAAGUUCCACAGGUGUCCUCCAAGCCUUCUCCGUCCAAGCGCAGGUGCUCAGAGGAAAAUCUCCAGCCUGCAGCUGGCGAGGAAAACCAGGAGCCAGUGAUGCCACGAACUGUGGCUCACAAGCUCUCAGAUCCUCACACAGAAAAGAAACCCCCGGUGGGCCCUGCUAGCCUUCGAGCUUCCUCAUCCCUGGAGAAGACUGCUACCCGGCCUGUUGUCCAGUCUCAGCCAGAGCAGCUGAAAACUGCACAGCCAGAGCCAGAGAAGAUGGUUGUCACCCCUGCUCCUGAUCCUCCAAGCAGCAGAGAAGCAAAGAUGGUGUCUGCCAGUUCAGCCCUGCAGAGCAGCAAGGAGGACCUGGUAGAAGACCCAGCUCCAUCUGCUGCUGGCAUGAAGUCUCGUCUUCAGAGGCUAGCAGAGCAGAGGAAGUGUUGGGAUGGCACUGACACAUCUGAUGCAGUUCUGGACUGCACUCCCCUGUCCCUGUUAAAGAGACAAGCUGAGGUCCCACUGUCCACCGCCCCCUCCGCGUCCUCAGGAACUCCUUUGGGGAGGAAAGGCAGACUCGCCAACCUUGCUGCCACCAUUGGAUCCUGGGAAGACGACUUAAGUCAUGCUAACAUUCCCUGUGCGAAUGUAAAAGAGAAGCCUGGUACAGCUGUUCCCAAGAUGGCAGUUAGAGAUGCCACUGUGGCUACCAGCACUAAAUCAAGUGCUGCAGGCCAUGUGACAGGCGGCUCAACUGCAAACAGCAGCUCUACAUCCAGCUCUCAGCAGGCUGUGUAUUCUCCAGCAAAGCCGAGCCACGUGGGUCUUCCAGGCCCACAGAUGGUUGACACUCCUGCAGCCAGACCAACACUUAAGUCAGUAACCAUCUCUGAAAAGAGCUCCGACCAGAAGAUCACCUUCCCCUCUAGUCCUCAGAAGAGCUCCGUCCAGGGAGCAGCCUUCCCAUCCAGUCCCCAGAAGGCCGGCCCCUCCUCAACAUCAGUUCCUCAAAGUCCCCUGAAGAAUCAGGCCCUCUCCAGGGGCCACAACCUCCCCUCCAGCCCUGUGAAGCCAGAACUUCGUGCCAAGCCCACGACCGCUGGCCCCUCUGUCCCGCAGGAAAAGGUCUCUGCUGGACCUGGUGUGAAAUCUUUUCUGGAGCGCUUUGGAGAGAGGUGCCAGGAGCGUAGCAACCAUAGCUCUCCAGCAGGGGGCACUACCCACAACAAGACUCCCACUGCGACUCCAUCAUCAUCAUCAUCAGUCACACCAAACACCAGACUGGUACAGGAGAGGCUCAGAGCUGCACAGGCUGCCAACACAGCCACAUCUGAUCUCACCCAAAGACAGAAGAUGGAGCGAGAGUCUGAGCUGGCUCAGAUCCGCAGUCGCUUUCAGAAGGGGAACAACAUGUGGAAAAACAAAGAUGAAGCAGCAGAAACCAAUAAAAACACAGACAUCAAGGAACAACUUGACAAGCCUGUGGAAACUGAAGUUGCCCCAUGUGAGCCAAAGGAUGAACCCACAGCACCCUCUACUGAGAGACUAGACACACCCACAAAGUGCACUCCUCCAGCAGGUGUUGGGUUGCUGGUCUCGCCUCCAGCCUCAACAUCCAGCCCUCUGAGGACUGUCACCCGUACUGAGGAGAAAACGACUGAGGAAACCCCAGAAGAACCUGAGGUGAUCAGUGAGAGAGAGAUGAAUGUGGACCAGUCCAUCAACUCUGCAGUUAUCAAUGAGCUGUUUGAUGGAGUACUGACGCAGAGUGAUGAUGAGGAAGAUGAAGAUGAUGAGGAAGAUGCUUUGAAUAUCUCCUCCAUGUCCCUCCUCACUCCACUGGCAGAGACUGUGGCCGCUGUAGUGAAGAGUCCAGAGAGAAGAAUGAUGACGUCGACACCAGCCAGCUCAUUCCUCAUAAAGAGCAACACUCCAGACCAUGUUUCCAAACCUAGCAAGUUCCAGAGAGCUACCAUGGCACGGGCUGCCUCCUCAGAUAGUCUUGAGGCCUUAGAUGAAGACACACACAAACUGCCAUACAGCAUUGAUGCAUAUAGGUCCACCAGGGUGAAAGAGACAGAGAGGCCCAAUAUCAAACAGGUGAUUGUGAGAAAAGAGGACGUCUCUCACAGGGCAGAGGAACCCAGGGGAUCCAGUCUCUUCAGUAUCAAACAGAAGAUGAAGAUUCUGACAAAUGAGAUGAACCUGCAGCAGACGGUCAUUCAUCAGGCCAGUCAGGCGCUUAACUGCUGCACAGAUGAAGAGCACGGCAAAGGAUCCCAGGUGGAGGCUGAGGCAGAGAGGCUGCUGCUGGUGGCAACGGAGAGGAGGGAAGCGUUGAAGGCAGAGCUGGACCGUCUGAAAGGAGACCCAACAGGCCAGAAAAAGGCCACUGCAGCACCAGAACCUGCCGGCAUGUCUGCCUCCAAGGGCUCCAUCACCCUGCAGGAGUUGCGUCUUCCUCUCAAGGCAGACUUUGUGUGCUCCAUUGCCAACAAGCCAGAGUCAACCAAACAUUCCUUCUUCAUGAUGAUCCGUGCCGGAGCAGAGAACACUGUGGCCACACCAUUAGCCAGCACACACCGCGGCCUCAGUGGGGACACCCUGGCUUUCCCCACCAAGUUCACCAUAUCUGAAGUUUCCAGUGACUUUACAAUCGACAUUGAGGUCUAUUGCUUGGUGCAGAAGCGUGAUGUCUGCAGUGACAAGAAGAAGAAACCCAGCAAGUCAAAGGCUAUCACUCCAAAGAGAUUCCUCGCCAUCACUAAAAGUGGCCAGACUCCAGUCGUGGCCAGUCCAGGAGGCCCCAACGCUGUUCGCACCAGUAACUUCGUCCUGGUCGGAUCACACAAGCUCACCCUGUCAUCUAUUGGGAAAAACAAAUUUCCUCUGGAGAAGGUACCAUUCUUGUGCCCUCUGGAGGGCCACGUCUACCUCAAGCUGCAGUGUGAAGUUGGCUCAAAAGUGGAGGAGAAGGGCUUCCUGACGAUGUUUGAGGACGUCAGUGGAUUUGGAGCCUGGCACAGGAGGUGGUGCGUCUUGUCGGGAUACUGCAUCUCCUACUGGACCUACCCAGAUGAUGAGAAGCGCAAGAAUCCCAUUGGUCGAGUCAACCUGGCUAACUGCACCAGUAAGAAGGUGGAACCAGCCAACAGAGAGUUUUGUGCCCGACCCAACACAUUUGAGCUCAUCACAGUCAGACCACAAAGAGAGGACGACAAAGAAACACUAGUCAGCCAGUGCAAGAACACCAUGUGUGUCACCAAAAACUGGCUGAGUGCAGACACCAAGGACGAGAGGAAUCUGUGGAUGAAGAAACUGAACCAGAUUCUGGUGGAUCUGCGAAUGUGGCAACCAGACGCCUGUUACAGGCCACUGUAAUUACUGCACUGUCACCACCAGCCCUGUAAUCUUUUGAACUCAGUAUGAGUGACGCAUGCCAUGACAAAGUGCAAUACAGUCUAAGAAUUGUUAAAUAUGUUUACUGGUGGAUGUUUUCCAGGAGAUUAGUAAUCAGACACAUAGCGUAUAGAUCAGAGAGUAAAUAAAGCCAUACAGCUGAAACAUUUCAGGACAGUAUUUCGUGUGGGAGUUGGAGUUUGGCACUAUUUUUGUACAUUUCCAGACAGGUUUGAUGCUCUAAUGUGUCGGGGUAAUAUUGAGUUGCCGCAUGUUUUUUUUUUUUUAUGUUAAUGCCAAUAUUUAGUGUUCUUGACACAUAAUGCAUGGCUUUAAAUUAUUCAAUCAGUGGUUUCAAUGCAGAAAUCAUUAAAUAUAUAAAUGGUGUUGGAAUUACAGAUGAAUACUAAUGUGAGGCACCACGAUUUUAUCACAUUUUCUCCUGCAUGACAGCACAGAACAAUACCGAGACUUUUGGUAAGUUUUUACU